AUGCCCAAAAACCCUCUACACUCCCAAUUCACAACUCUCUCAAUCCUAAUUAUUAUCCUCCCACUAAUUGCUUUCUCCCAACCCAAUUCACCAAAUCCUACACCACUCUCCACAAUUUGCAAAUCUACCCCUUAUCCUUCUUUCUGCAACACCAUUCUAUCCGACUCGAACUCCUCGGCAAACAUAUACGACUAUGGCCGGUUUUCCAUCCACAAAUCCCUCACUUCAGCGCGUAAUUUCCUGUCCCUCAUCCAAAAGUACCUCCAGGAGUCGAAAACCCUAACUGUCCCAGUUGUCCGAGCUUUACAGGACUGCGAAUUCCUCGCGCAGUGCAACUUGGACUACCUAACAAGCUCGUCCCAAAUUCUUGACCGAAACUCCCAAACGCUCCCCGAUCUCGAAGCCGACGAUGUCCAAACCCUACUGAGCGCGAUACUAACGAAUAUCGAAACGUGCACAGACAGCCUCCAGUCGACAGCCUCCGCAUGGAGCGUCACGGACAACGUUCUAACACUGUUGUAUAACGACACGCGUCUUUACAGCGUGUCGUUGGCUUUGUUCACUCAAGGUUGGGUUUCGAAGGGUAAAACAAAAAAGCCCGUUUUCACCGGUUUCGAAAGGAAACGACUGAAAUCGGUCGACGGGCGAUUCAAUCUGCGAAUGCACGGGAAGACUCUCGAAAUCUACCGGAAUGUGAGCCACCGGAGGCUGUUACAGUCGGGUGGCGACAGUAACAAUCAAGUUCAAGUUAGUAACAUCGUGAUCGUUAGCAAAGAUGGGACUGGGAACUUUAGCACGAUUAACGAUGCGGUGAGGGCAGCCCCGACUAAUGCGAACGGGACAAAUGGGUAUUUUCUUAUAUACAUAAAAGGUGGCGUGUAUGAGGAAUAUGUGUCCAUUGCUAGUAACAAGAAGUACUUGAUGAUGCUUGGUGAUGGAAUUAAUCAGACGAUUAUUACCGGGAAUCAUAGUGUUGGGGAUGGAUGGACCACUUUCAAUUCUGCAACUUUUGCCGUGGUGGCCCCUAACUUCAUCGCCGCCGACAUUACCUUCCGCAACACGGCGGGCCCGGCCAAAUCCCAGGCGGUGGCCGUACGCAACGGCGCCGACCUCUCCGCCUUCUAUUACUGCAGCUUCGAGGCUUACCAGGACACCCUCUACGCCCACUCCCUCCGCCAAUUCUACCGCGAUUGCACCAUCUCCGGCACCGUCGACUUCGUCUUCGGCAACGCAGCCGCCGUCCUCCAAAGCUGCAACAUUCUCCCGCGCCUCCCUUUGCCCGGCCAGUUCAACCCCAUCACCGCCCAGGGCCGAACCGACCCCAACCAGAACACCGGAACCUCCGUCCACGGCUGCAACAUCACCGCCGCACCAGACCUCGCCGCCAGCAACGCCACCGUCCGGACCUACCUCGGCCGGCCGUGGAAGCAAUACUCAAGGGUCGUGUACAUGGAGUCGUUCAUGGGGAGCUUGAUAGACCCGGCCGGGUGGAGAGCGUGGUCCGGGGAUUUCGCGCUUAACACCUCGUACUACGCCGAGUUUAACAACACGGGGCCCGGGUCGAACACGAGCGCCCGGGUUACGUGGCCCGGGUUUCACGUGAUUGACCGGACGACGGCGGAGAAUUUUACCGUGUCGUCAUUUUUGCUCGGUGAUUAUUGGCUGCCGCAGACCGGAGUGCCUUAUAUCGGAGGACUGUUUUCGACGUAA